AUGCGAAGAGAAAAUAAUUGCGCCUCUUUGCCGAAUUCUACCGUUCAAAAACUUCAGAUAGAACGCACCUGGGGCUGGACAACUAAGCGACUGACCCCUGAACGUGAUCCUAGCGUGAUCUGCAGCAGAUUCAGCGUCUGAGGAAAGGAUGACUGCGGGAGCAUAUCAAGGACCUCCUACAGCUUUCCUGUUGCGGCAGAACCAACUACAGUUCAUUACCAAAACUGUUGACAGCAAUGGAAUGCGAGGAAUAUUGCCAACCUCUUUGAAGAGACAUCGCAGCAGCGACCUGUAACUCAUUAAUAUAAGGAAAAAUGGAUUAAUUUGUCAGAACGUUGAUGCAGCUCUUAGCUAGCCCAUGUUCGGGCUACCCAGGACUCACCACGGGAAGGUGUCUGAAUAUAGAGUCCCGUCCCUCCCUCCCCCCGUCUUUCAAUUUCAACAAAAUGAACAAUAAAUAUGAUUAAUCUCUAAAACUUAAAAAUAC